AAAGCAUAAAUCCGAACGUGAAUCUUAAUCGGUUCUCUCUCUUCUUCUUCGAAGUUCCCACCCAUUGAUUUCAAAAUAUGCAUCUCCAUUCUUAGCCUGCACUUCCACUCUCUACAGUACCUUUCUACACUUCUUUCCUUUCUUCCCCACAAAUCUCACAUUCCUUUUCCAUUUCACCAUGAGCCCUACAUUUCCAUCCACCACUAUCCACAAAACUUCUUCCUCUUCGCCUUCCUUCAUUGACAAGAAGCAGCAGCAGCGGCAGCAGCAAGAGCAAGGUCAGUGCAGCCCCUUCCAUGUUCUCAAUGCCAUUUCCUUUCCCACCGCCUGCAACACCUCCAGCAUCGGCAGUGACGCUUCUUCCACCUCCACCGAAGCCCCCAGAGGCUGUCUCAGGUUCUUUCUCCCUCAUUCCUCUGCUUCUUCUAAAACCCCUGCUAAUAAGCUUAAACCAUCUUCCAAAACUCCCAAAUCUAUCUCCAAUGUUCGCGCCAUUAAGCCUCUCAGGUCUAAGCCGCUCAAGGAGAAAGCUCCCAAACCGGCUGUUAAACUCCACUCCAGGGCUGCGAGACCUACCUCCACAAAGUUGGACCCAUUGAAGAAAAACUCCCCUUGUUUGUACAGAUGGCCAUCUGGGAAGAAACCCUCUUCGUUAUGUACCCACAAAUCUAAAAUGUUGGCAUCUUCUGGUGAGGAAUUGGGGAAUCAUGGGGCUCAUAGUGUAGUCAGGAUGGUUGAUGAUGGUAAAUGUGAACCCUCUGAUCUUAAUUUAGUUCCGAGUGAUUUCAAUUUUACUCCCAUGCGUAAAAUGGAAAAUGGGUCUGGUUUCGAUCCAACAGUUGAUAUUGUUGUAGCCCUGGAGAAUUCAAACACAGAUCAUAGCAAAACGCCUCCUGUUCAAGCCUCUAUAUCACCAGAAUUACAGUGUGGUUCAGCAAUUAUGCCUGCAGUUACUCCUGUUUGCUAUGGUGCUGGCUAUGUCGUUUCUGGGAUCUCUGAUAAGAGAAAGUGCAGGCCGAGAGGGCUUCUUAUUGUUGGAGACAAUAUUGCGUCCAUUUCUAAAGUAAAGCCUAUACAGAUUUUUGAAGAAGACGGAAGCAUCACAAAGGACACUUCCAAUUCUGUUGUUUUAAAGGUCCCUUCACCCAUUGAAGCUUCUAUGAAUUGGCUUUUAUCCCCCUGCAAUGAGGAGGAUGAGGAUCACAAAGAGUCUAAAAAUGCUUCAACUCCACCUAAGCAUCUCGCUGAAUCAAUUGCACUUCGUUCUGUUCCUUCGCCAUCAUCUAUCAAUGCUCUUCCACCCGACGUAUACAGUCCUCCAGAGUUUCAAGGUUUCUUGGAACCAUUAUCCUGCGAGGAUACCUCAACCUCAUGUGCUCGUAAUUCCUUGAAUGUUAUUUUAAAUGAGGCGAGAGGACAACAGAGGUACCAAGUCAAUGGGGAGAAUUCUCCAUUCUCAGUUGACUCGUUAAGUAGCGAUAAUGUUAUCCAGACACCACAAUCAGACUCAAAUUCGGCUAAAAAAGAUUUCCCUCCGUGGUUAUCUGCCGACAGUUAUGAGAAACAUAAUCAGAAUUCAGCGUCUGAAUUGUUUUCAAAUCUACCUCGAGACAGCUCUAAUACAAUAACGAGUAUAACAGAUUUAAGUUUCCAAUUUGAUUGUCUGGCCACAAUAUCCAAUUCCAUGGAUCUUCAUCAAUUUCAAAAGAUUCUUGAAGAUCAGGCUUUUAGGAAUAACAAUUCUUCCUGUGAGGAUUUAUUAGAAUCCAAGAUGAGAGUAUCAUGGAGGGAAGGGUUAAUGAGCCGUCUCUAUGAAAUGGACGAGUUCGAUACUUGUCGAUGCUUGUCGGAUGAAGAAGAGAAUGUUGAUUCUUGCAGCAUUAGCUUGUCAGAUAUCCUUAAGACUCCUCUCGAACUUACUGACUUUGAGGUUGAUCCUAUAGUUUCAACCAGUUUUUGUUCUCCGGGAUUAUUAGUUAACGAGGAAGCCGAAGAAUAUGGAAAAUGUAAAGAAAUGCGGUCUCAUCAAGUACCUUGUUCUUGUGCGGAAUCCAUUAGCACGGAUGGUGGUGGCUUGAUUGCUUCAGGGGACUCAGAUUGGAAUUUAUGCUACAGAAAUGGAUUGUUUGAUUCUUAUCAGUUAAGCUCUUAGUUUCACUCCUAUUCAUAGUGGAAUAAAUCUUACCAGAAAAAAUCGAUUGUUUGAGAAAGAAUGCUUUCUCAAUGGAUUUGCAACCCACCGAAGGGUCACUGAGUUUUUGUUUGUAUGAACUGAAUUUCAUAUUCACAAUUUUUGAAUCUUUUCUCCUUGUCAUAUUAUAAA